CUUCCUCCGCUCUCUCUUCCCCCUUCCUCUUUUCUUCUCCCCUUCGCAUUCAUUUCUUUCUCUGCAAAUUUUGAUGCAAUUUCUGCCAUGAUUUAGUUUCUUGAUCUUUGCUUAUCUUUGAAUUUCAAUGGCGGAUAGUACUUCGUCUCCUAGACCAGUUCAAACGAACCCGAUGGACCCUUCGCCACCGCCGCCGCAGCAUCAACCGCAAGUUCAACCUUCAACCACCGCUGUUCCUCAAAAUUCAUCGAAUCCGUCAAAUUCCUCUGUAAAUCCUCCCAUUCCAUCGCCUUCUGCGCUUGUUCAAUCACCUUCGAUUGACCACUUACAUCCGCUAUCUCAAAUCUCUUCUCCUCCUCUUUCGCACAUCUCUCUCCCGCAAAAUCAACAGCAACAGCAACAGCUUAGCCCUGCGGUUGGAUUGGACUACCAGCAGAAGCCUCUACAGCAGCAGCAGCAGCAACAACAGCAGCAACAACAGCAGCAACAACAGCAGCAACAACAACAGCAACAUUCGCAGCAAUUGGUGCAACAACCUCAGAAUGCGAGUGCGAUGACGAAUUUCCAAAUCCAGCAGGCUUUACAGCGGUCACCUUCGAUGUCUCGGUUGAACCAAAUGCAACCGCAGCAGCAGCAGCAGCAGCAGUUUGGGAUGAUGAGACAGCAAUCGGCGCUUUACAGUCAGAUGAAUUUUGGUGCGUCUUCUACAAACCAGCAGCAGCAACAGCCUAACCAACAACAGCAAAUAGGAACUGGGAAUCUGUCGCGGUCUGCAUUAAUUGGUCAGGGUAGCCAUUUGCCCAUGUUGUCUGGGGCGGCUGCUGCUGCUCAGUAUAACUUGCAGUCACAAUUACUUGCUUCGUCGAAGCAGAAAGCUGGUUUAGUCCAGGGGGCGCAAUUUCAGUCGGGUAACUCUCACGGGCAAGCUUUACAAGGAAUCCAAGCAAUGGGGAUGAUGGGUUCAAUGAAUUUGACCUCGCAGUUAAGAGCCAAUGGCCUUGCGUCGUCAUAUGCCCAACAGAGAAUAAACCAAGGCCAAAUAAGGCAGCAAUUAUCACAACAAAGCUCACUCACGUCUCCACAGGUUCAGAACUUACCGAGAAUGUCAAAUCUAGCAUUUAUGAAUCAACAAUUGACUAAUUUGGCUCAGAAUGGGCAGUCAAACAUGAUUCAGAACUCUUUGCAACAGCAACAGUGGUUGAAGCAAAUUCCAUCAAUGUCUACCCCUGGCUCACCCUCAUAUCGUCUUCAACAGAGGCAACAAGUUCUGCUACAGCAGCAAUUGGCCUCAUCUAAUCAAUUGCAUCAAAACCCCAUGUCCUUGAACUCUCAACAAUUUCCUCAGCUUGUACAGCAACAGCCGUCCAUGGGACAUCAACAGCAACAGCAGCAACCACAGGCACAACAACAGCAACCACAACAACAGCAGCUACAACAACAGCAGCUACAACAGCAGACCCUUCAUCAACAACAGCAGCUACUUCAACAACCAUCACCUCAGAAUUCUCUGCAACCAGUAUUGCAUCAGCAUCAACAUCAGCAGCAUUCUCCUAGGAUAGCUGGACUUGUGGGCCAGAAAUCUCUCAGUUUGACUGGAUCACAUCCAGAUGCUACAGCGUCUGGCACUAGUACACCUGGGGGAAGUUCAAGCCAAGGGACAGAAGCUGCCACUCAAGUCCUUGGAAAGAGAAAGAUACAAGAUCUGGUUUCACAGGUAGAUCCGCAUGGAAAGCUGGAACCUGAAGUUGAAGAUCUUCUCUUGGAGAUUGCCGAUGAUUUUAUUGACUCGGUUACUACCUUUUCAUGCAAUUUGGCUAAACAUCGAAAGUCCUCAACUUUAGAAUCCAAAGAUCUCUUGCUACACUUAGAGAAGAAUUGGCAGUUGAACAUUCCUGGAUAUUCAAGUGACGAGCGGAAGAACCAGAACAAAAGUUUAUCAUCAAGUGACGUCCACAAGAAACGUCUGGACAUGAUACGCAUAUUGAAGGAAGCUUCCCGUGUCGAAACAAACAUGAACACCCCUAAAGAGAUGGUCCGACAAGGGGUUGGAAUCUCCAUCGGUACCAACACUCUAACAAGGCCUUCACCAAGUUCAGAACAACUAUUGUCACAGACAGCCGGUUCACAGCUGCUGCAGCAAAUGACGAGGUUUUAAUGUCUCAACUAUGUUUGAAAAACUAAUGCUUGUAAAUCUCGACUACUUGGUGAACAACCCUGGUUACCAGUUCAGGGAUACAAAAAUAAAAUGAGAUUUAGAGAAUGCCAUUUAAGAGGGGCCUGAACUGGACUUCUGUGUGGAGUGGAGUAGUGUGUGAUGGUUCUUAGUGAUACAACUUAUGAAAUCAAUUUUUUUAGGCUGUAUAAUAUGAAGAUGCAUAAUCUGGAACACGGGCGUAAUGUUAAUUGUACAAAAUAUUUGGCAGUCAUAUUAGUAUAGGCCUUAAGUUAUUGUUGUGUUUUGCCAUGGAGGACAUCUUUAGUUUAUAUUGAUUCUCUUCACAAUCUCAAACCGUCUGAAGUUUGUUGAGGAUCAUAGCAAAACUAUUACAAAUGGAAUAGAAGAUAUGAUUACAAAUGUUUUGAUUC